GCUCUCACUCCUACAACACCCAACUCCUCUCCCUAUAUACCAAAGACUUUCUCUAGCUCUGGUACCGCUCUUUACAUUCUAGCUGUCACCUUCUUCUUAUUGCUACCAUGUCGGCCAAAGACUGCGGUGGUCACGGCCGCAAGCGCCAGGAACUCUGCCGCCGGAUUUUCGCCGGCAUCCUCAUCUUCCUCUUCCUUGUCCUCCUCACGAUACUCUUAAUCUGGGCCAUCCUCCGCCCCAGCAAGCCCAGUUUCGUCCUCCAAGACGUCACCGUUUAUGCCUUCAACGUCUCCGCCCUAAACUACCUCACCUCCAACUUCCAAAUCACCUUCUCCUCUCGCAACCCAAAUGACAAAAUUGGCAUCUACUACGACAAGCUUGACGUCUACGCCAUCUACCGGAACCAACAGAUAACUCUCCGUUCAGCAAUCCCAUCCACCUACCAAGGCCACAAUGAAAUCAACGUAUGGUCUCCAAACAUCUACGGCACGGACAUCCCCGUCGCGCCGUACAACGGUUGGGCGCUAAGUGAAGACCAGUCCACCGGAGCAGUGUUGCUGAUGAUCAAGAUGGAUGGACGAGUGAGAUUCAAAGUUGGGACCUUCAUCUCUGGGAGGUAUCAUCUGUACGUGAGAUGUCCUGCUUAUAUACAGUUCGGGAGUAGCACUACCAGUAUUACUGCCGGUGAAAACUCCGUUAAGUACUCGGUGGUGGUGGGCUGCAGCGUAAGUCUUUGAAGAUGAUGAAGAAAGAAGAUAAUUAAACUUGUGAGGCCAUUAAGUAUUUUUCUUCCCUUUUUUUUUUCCUCUAGAUUUUAUUUUAAAUAUGAAAUUGAUGGGUCUGUUAGAAAAUUAUAAUAUUAUUAAAGGCUUUUGAUUUGAAGUGUACAAUUUCUUGAAAGUAAAUAAAUGGAAGAAGAAAUUAGUAAUU